CCCUUCCAAAAAAACAAACUAACCAGUUGCAUCAAAAUACACCCUUGCUCAUUUAUAAGUCUCAUUCAUCUAAUGCAAUUCACUCAAUUCCUUUCUUUCAGAACUGGAGAGAGAGAGAGAAAAUGCGGCCAACUCCUUUAGACGCCGACGACACCGUCGCCUUCCAACCGCCGCCAUCGCCUCCGUGCCACGACCUCCGCGCCUGUACUUGGAGGCCGUACUCCAAUUCCAGAGACUUCGAAGCCAACGCCGCCGUCGUCGUCAUCAUCCUCCUCUGUGGCCUCAUCUGCGCUCUUGCUCUCAACACCGCGAUCCGCUGCUUCCUCCGCCGUCGCGGCAGUGCCGAUGAUGAUCCGAGUGACAGCCGGCAGGAGGAACUUCAGGACGAGACGAAGCCGACGCUAGUGGACAAAUUGAAGAUGGCUCCGGCGCUGGUGUUCUCGGCGGAGACCAAGCCGAAGCUCGCCGGUGCUGAGGCAGAGUGUACGAUUUGCUUGACAGAGUUCUUGGAAGGGGAAGAGAUUCGAGUGUUGGCGAUUUGUAAGCACGGAUUUCAUGUUCAGUGUAUUCAAACGUGGUUAAUUUUGCAUUCUUCUUGUCCGACUUGCCGCCGUAGCUACCUCCCUCCCUCGCCGCCGUCCUCUGUGAGCGGCGGCGACGGCGACGGCAAUCCCUGAGAUUAGAUUAGAAAUACCGGAAUUCCUUGCGAUAGCCGCCGUCGUAGCUGUUUGAUAACAGCUCGAAUUGAGCAUUUGUUUUUCUUUUUUUUUUUUUAAUUACAAUUUACAAUUACCUCUUCCUCUAUCAUUUUUUCCCCUUCUCUUGAAUUUUUUCGAUCAACUAAAAAACCAAUUGCAUUAACGGAGUUUGUAAAUUCGUUAAUGCAAUAUUCGGGUUGAGAAAUGACGUUUUAAGUUGGUAAUUUAUCUCUAUUUAAUCUCUAA